UUGUGGUCAGAUCAUUGGCUCUUGAGAUAGGGGCCUGUGUCACCCGGCCAUGAAUUUCCUGGGGAGAGCCGCACAGAGGGGCUCACACCCUUUGGUACCAUCACCCCCUCGGGGAGGGAGCACAGUCACUCUGCACUGCCGGGAGGUCGUCAGGUUGGUUCCUUCUCUACGAUGUCCCUGCGCUGACAUUUCAGCCCACACCCACUGCUGGGGGGAGGAGAACAACCCAUAGACCGAGCCCCUGCCCCCCUCUGGAGUACCCACCAGGAGCUGAGAGCCAUGGGCAGCCAGGGACAGUCCGAGGGACAUGUUCACCGCGUCCAGGGGCCCUGCGAGGGGAAACGCGCCAGCACCAGGGUUAUGUUGUGCAAAAAAAGAAGAAGUUGGUAAUGGGAGCAUGGAAUGUCUGUACGCUCACGGACCGUGAGGACACAGUAAGACCUCAUUGGAGAACAGACCUAGUCGCUAAAGAGCUUUCACACUAUGGUAUUGAUAUCACUGCCUUGAGUGAAACCAGACUUGCUGAAGAAGGAUUUCUCACUGAACUAACUAGUGGUUACACCUUCUUCUGGAAAGGGAAAGCGCAGAAUGAGGAUAGGAUUCAUGGAGUCGGUCUGGCCGUUAAGACUUGUCUGAUGAAACAACUUUCGGACCUGCCUGUCGGUAUUAACAAGAGGCUCAUGAAGCUACGCCUACCCCUUAGUCACAAGUGGCAUCCAAUAGUCAUCAGUGCAUACACUCCCAUCAUGAACAGCACAGAGGAGACAACUGAACAGUUCUAUAUUGAUCUCAGUUCCAUUCUGUGCUCAGUGCCGGCCAACAACAAGUUGAUCUUGUUGGGAGACUUCAAUGCCCAAGUUGACUGCGACCACAGUCAAUGGGAAGGAGUGUUAGGCAAACAUGGUGUUGGUAAGAUGAACAGCAAUGGCUUAUUACUGUUGAGCAAAUGUGCAGAAUAUGACCUCCUCAUCACAAACGCCGUGUUCAGGAUGGCAAACAAAUACAAGACUACUUGGAUGCACCCUAGAUCAAAACAAUGGCACAUAAUAGAUUUUGUCAUUGUUCAUCAGCGUGAUAUUCGAGAUGUCCUUAUCAUCAGAGCCAUACAAGGAGCAGAGUGCUGGACUGACCAUAGGCUUGUCCGCACUAUUUUCUAAAUACACAUCACUCAGCAUCACCCAAAGCGCCUAAAGCUCAUUCGAACAGCCUUUAACAUUGCCAGACUCCAGCAGCCUUCUCAUCUGCGUAAGUGCCAGUCAAGCCUUGAUGAAAAGUUGACUGCCAAUGGACCACUGAUUGGAAGUCCAACCCAGAAGUGGAGCCA